UACGUAAAAGCAGCACACGGUACCCUUUGAAAACUCAUUCAUCACGAUAGCUGUCAUGCUAGCCGUUGUCAUCGCAACCUGAAGUAAAAUUGUUGCCGCUACUUAAAUGUAACGUAAUUUACACACCCAUGUGAAUGAUUAUAUAUGCUAGUGGAUAUCGCCAACACUUGCCUGCGUGGGGGACUGGGAACUAACGUGUCGUGUUAUGGGAGAAACACGGAGGUCAGGCGAACGGUGGACUGUCAACAUCAAUAAUGUCCGUGUGAAACGACUCUGCUACCGCUGUAAUUGUUCCUUCUCUACAUUAUAGCACCGAUCAAAUUAAACCAUGCCUGGGAAAUUAAAGGCCAAAAUCGUGGCAGGGCGCCACUUGCCUGUAAUGGACAGAGCAAGUGAUCUAACGGAUGCCUUUGUUGAGGUCAAGUUUGGAAAUACAACCUUCAAAACAGAUGUUUUUCCCAAGUCCCUUAAUCCACAGUGGAACUCUGAAUGGUUCAAGUUUGAGGUUGAUGAUGAGGACUUGCAGGAUGAACCGUUGCAGAUCACAGUGUUGGACCAUGAUACAUACAGCGCUAACGAUGCCAUAGGGAAAGUUUACAUUGACAUUGAUCCUUUGCUGUGUGCUGAAGCUGCCUCUGUCAUCUCUGGCUGGUUCCCCAUCUACGACACCAUACAUGGAAUCAGAGGAGAAAUCAACGUCCUUGUAAAAGUGGAGCUUUUCAACGACUUGAACCGUUUCAGGCAGUCGUCGUGUGGGGUCAAAUUUCUCUGCACCACAUCUAUUCCACGGGGUUACCGAGCAGCCAUGGUGCACGGGUUUGUAGAAGAACUGGUGGUGAACGAGGACCCGGAGUACCAGUGGAUAGACCGCAUCAGAACCCCUCGGGCUUCCAAUGAAGCGCGUCAGAGACUCAUCUCUCUCAUGUCUGGAGAGCUGCAGAGGAAAAUAGGGCUUAAAGUUCUGGAGAUGGGUGGGAAUGCAGUGGUGGGCUACCUGCAGUGCUUUGACUUGGAGGGGGAGUCUGGCCUGGUGGUCCGGGCCAUAGGCACCGCCUGCACUCUGGAAAAACACAGCUCCGGAAGCCUCGUGAACACACACACGCACCCUAACACAGCACCUGCUUCUAACGCCUGCAACUCCCCGUCUAAAGAUGGAAAGGAGCCGGUAUUUGGUGAGGAUCUGCCCUCGUCCUCCGGCCCGCCCACCCCUUUCCGAAUCCUCCCCACCUCCUCCUUCUCUCCUCCCCCCUUCUCUCCCUCCAAGCCAUGCAGCCGUCAGUCCUCUUCAUCAGACACAGACCUCAGUUUGACGCCCAAGACGGACGAGUCCCAGUCAGGGAGACGCAGGCCAGGGAUCUUCCUCUGCCCCAGCUCCCCCGUCCUCUCUGCAGACUCAUUGUCCCUUCCUGGCUCGGGCUCUGUGGGCCGUGGUCACAGCUCUGGCUGCAGAGCGAUCACCCCGCCCAUCCCCUCCUUCACCCACUCAGACUCCGCCUUGCUGAGAAAGAGCGUGUCCUUCACUGAGGACCUGCUGCUGGCAGCCUCCGGGAUGGGCAGCGGUGGCAGUGCAGGGAAGGAGGCCGGACCGCUGAAGACGCUGCUGAGGCAGCAGACGCAGACUGCUCUCGAACAGAGGGGAGCAUCCUCCUCUGGGUUAUUGUUAAACGCCAGGGAGUUCCCCUUCUUCACCCUGACUUCUUUCCCGCCGGGUUUUCUGGUCCACGUCGGCGGCGUGGUCAGUGCUCGUUCUGUUAAGUUGCUGGAUCGCAUACACAACCCCGACUUAAUACAGAGUUCACGGCAAUCAAUUGUGAGGAUGGAGAGAAAAAUGACAGGAAGACAGAGAAAGAGUCAGGACAGACUGUGGAAUGUGACAGAUGAACCCGAGACGCGUGACGCCUGGUGGGAAGAGAUUCGUCAGGAAAUUAAAUCUCAUGCCAAAGCUCUUGGUUGCCAUGCUGUUGUAGGUUACAGUGAGAACACAAGCAUCUGUGAAGAGGUGUGUAUUCUGUCCGCAUCAGGGACAGCCACCAUCUUGAAUCCUCGGUACAUGCGUGAAGGCUGCCUCGACAUCGGCAGCACCGACCACAGGUUCGAUGAUCCAUCACCUCCAAGCUGUGGCUUCUGUCACAUCCCAUAUGACGAGCUCAACAUGCCGUUUCCUGCCCAGCUCACAUAUUGUUACAACUGCAGGCGGCAAAAGGUUCCAGAUGUGUUAUUCACAACAAUCGACUUGCCAGCGGAGGCAGCAGUCACAGGGAAAGGCUGCCUCAUUCAGGCCAGGCUGUGUCGUCUGAAAAAGAAAGCUCAGGGAGAAGUGAACGCGACCGCCAUCUCAAACUUGCUGCCUUUCAUGGAAUACGAGCUGCACACUCAGCUGAUGAAUAAGCUGAAGCUCCGGAGCAUGAAUGCUCUGUUCGGUCUGCACAUACAGAUCAGCGUCGGCGAGAACAUGCUGCUGGGUCUUGCUUCUGCUACAGGAGUGUACCUGACGGCUCUGCCUGCACCCGGGGGCAUCCAGAUAGCUGGGAAGACCUCCGGUGACCUGAACAACGAGCAGCACAUCCAGUCCAUCCAGAAAAGGAUAAACGACACCAUCGCCAAGAACAAGGAGCUCCACCAAAUAAACCCUCCGGAGCUGACGGAGGAAGGGGUGGGCUCUCCGAUCCCCGAGCCCAGACACAGAUCCCGACUCUUCCGCUCGCACUCGGAGAGCUCCGAUGAAGUGUCAGAACUGGACCUGUCGCACGGCAAAAAGGAUGCGUUUGUCCUGGAGAUUGACGACACAGACGCUGUGGAGGACAUCCACUCUCUCCUUAUCGAUGCAUCUCCCCCCACAGGUUUCUACACCUGCAACACUGAGACCAUGCCUGGGAUUUAUAACUGGACUACGGCAGUACAGAUGUUUACAUCGGUUAGGGUCCUGAGGUUGAGCAAUGCCAACCUUUCUAACCAAAGCCUGAACAAGAUCUUCACUGACCUCUGUGAGAAUCUGCUGAAGAGUUUUUAUUUCAAGUUGCGCUCCAAUAUACCCUGCUGUCUUUGUCAUCUCAACUUCACUGUAGCAGUGCCAGAAGAAGAGCUCAUUCAGGUUUCGGUGACGGCUGUCGCCAUGACGUUUGACCAGGACCAGACUCAGGAGAGGUUUAUUACCAAAGGUGGGAAUGAGACCGAAGAGCAGCUGCAGUUUCCUCUGGAGUUGUGCGCUGACUCGUCAUCCACCAACACUCAAACUUCUUCCAAAUUUUCAGGUGUCCCAGAAAAUACCAUUGUCUCGUCCAGAGUUUUCUUAAACCGCUCUCAAAAGCCUCAUUCAGUUUUGUUCUUUUCUGUUUGUUUGUUUUUUUGUGUCUUGUAUGUUUUUUGUUCUCUUUUAUUGUUUUUGUUGUUGUUGUUGUGUAUCUUCGGUUGUGGGUUGCGUGCGUGUGUAUUUUAUUUUAUUUUUUGCGCGCGUGUGUUGUGUGCGCGUGUGUUUUCUCCAGCUGCCUCCGUUGAUUACGGUUCCUUUGCAGACAGAUGCAGCACCUGGCUAGAGCUGCUUAGGCUGAAAGCGCACACCAUAAGACGAGGAUCAGUUAAGACAAGUAGGAGGACACAGUCUCUAGCACACUCUGUCUCGUCUUUGGAGAACUGCAGUCCGCUGACGGAGGGACGCCCCCGCUCUCUGCGCUCCAGCCGCUCCUUUGGGGGCAGUUCUGUGACCAUGGUGAAGAUGACGCCGCUCUCUUUCCUCCCUGGGACCAGAAUCAUUAAAUACCUUGGAAUCAUCAACAUGUUCUUCAUCAGAGAGACCACAUCCCUACGAGAGGAAGGUGGAGUUAGCGGUUUCCUCCAUUCGUUCAUCGCAGAGGUGUUUGCGAUGGUUCGAGCCCACGUAGCAGCUCUGGGUGGCAACGCAGUGGUGUCCUACAGCAUGAAAGAUUGUGUUUUAAUGGAAAAUCCCAACAAGAACCAGGCUCAGUGCCUCAUUAACGUGAGCGGGGACGCUGUCAUCUGCGUCAGAGAGACAGACCAGGAGCCCAUGACCUCGAUGACUAAUAUCGGACAGAGUUGUACAGCUGAUGGAGCGACAUGACUCUGAGACGGCUGAUCCCAUUUCCACCAGCAGGGAACACUGUCAGAGUGAACACACUCUCUUUAAGUCUAGCCAUCCAAAUCUGUGUGAAUUUAUAUUUGCCUUAAAAUUUUCAAAGAUCCAAAGGUGUGUAGAUAUAAUAUUAAUAAUAAUAAUAAUAAUACAAUGAUAAUAAUAAUAAUAAGGAUAAUGAGAAUAAAAAACACAUGUGCUGAAAACAGUGUAUUAUCUGAAAACAUAUGCGUAACGUCUUUCCGUGUUUGAAAAGAAAUUGAUGUGGCUCUUAUUGGUUGAAAAUAACCAAAGGGGCGUCUAAAUCAGAAGCUUUUUCUUUUCACUAAAGCCGUCCGCACUGGGAUUCGACCACAGCAACACUGUAUCGGCCAUCUCCUUGUGUUUUGCACACAUGAGGCAGCUAUAGUUAAUUUGUCGGUCUGCAAACACAGACUGAAUUUCAGUGGCCGUGCUAAAAGGGAUGCAAGCAUUUACAAGCAAACCAUUUAUAUGCAGUUAGAUUCUUGCAGUGUUUUACGUAGCUUCUCAUGCAAGUCAAGUGUCUCCAUUUCAAAAAGAGUUCUGCCACUAAGGAAACUACAAUGCAGCCUGCCGUAGGCAUUUGGAGCCAUGACAGGAGACUUCCAACGUGCAGAGAAAACAGCAUGUUCUGCACGUUGCAGAACAUGCUGUUUUCCCAUGUUUAGACAACAUGGGGAAAGUUCUCCCAUGUUGUCUAAAUUUCUACUGGUAUUGAUAAUAAUUGUAACAGUAUUGUUUUAAUUUUUAUUUCUUCAGCAAGUGUCAAAAGAUAGUGUCACCAACCAGGUUUUUUUUUUUGUUAUUGUUGUUUAGAAUGGGGCAAGUUACUUUGAAUAAUUAAAAGGUAUGUUUCGAUUAAAUGUGUAAUAUGCAAAUAUUUUUAGUAGAAUAAGAAUUUCCUUGAGGGAAAUCUGUUCCAGUGGCUAAUUUGUGAUUUUUAAGUUCUUUUUUAUUUUCAAAUGUAAAAAUCAGGUAGCAAAGAAAGCACGGUGUUAAUUUCCUUCUGGGUGGGCAAUUUGGGAUUUAUAUUAAGAUAAAUAAAUUAAAAGUGGGCAAGUUGGGAUCUACCAGAUUACUUUCAAAGGAAAAAAUAAUUCUGGGAUCUAACUAAGGCAUGAGGCUUGCAAAUCUUAGAUCAUGUUCUCUAUGUGUAGCACCUGCGUCAAAUUUCACGUUGCCAAGCUUCAUCGCCGCUGCUUUGGCCCUCGUCAGUUUCAAGAGUCUCUCUGCUGAUCUGUCCGGCAUCUGAAUAAGCAUCUUCUAGAGUUGGUGCCACCUAAAAAUAAACUCUGUAAAUAUUGUGUACAAUCAGAUUUGUUUUUCUGUAUUUUUAUAGCAUCACAGAAUGAAUUGUGAUGCCUGUGCAGGGCGUUCCUGAUUUUAAUCACUCUGUCAGAGAUUUAAAGGUACUCCAGUCUGUGUGAUCAGUAGUUUUGUGAUCAUUUUUCUGUGUUGUGGCUAAAACUUGAAUGUAUAUACAUGGAUGCUUUUGCUAUUGGACUAGAAGCAUGCAGAGCAUCUCUUUAUUGCCCUGAAUCUGUAUGCUUGCCUGGUAAGUUGCACAAUAAACUAAUGUCAAACCAAA